GUGGUUUGUUUGUUGCUCUCCCACCCUUCCUGGACCAUUGAGUUUGUUGUAAUCUCAAAGAGAGAAGAAGUGUUGCAAAAGAGGGAUUACAUGAAAAGAAAAAUGUAGCGAAACAAUUAGGAAGAUCGGGUGCUAAAGUGAAGAAAAUUUUACCUGCGAGGGAGGAAUGUCGAGCCAAUGUGUGAGAAGAUCGAGUGAAAACGUGAUUUUUUCAAUUGAAUGCAAAUUGUGUAGUUCCCGCGGUUUUUUUUGUAUUUCAUUUUCAAAUUAAGAAGGAGAAAUUGCGCAUGAAAUGAUCCCAAAUUGAGAACUUGUGUGUGUGGUGCACCACCCCCUCCAAAAAAUGUCCUGGAAUUGCCUGUGCGGGAAGGAGAAGAAGAGACCACAAAUAAGCGCCCCAAUUCUCAAUGUAAGUCAGGAGCACCAUCCUAAAAUCAUCUUUGGCGAUCAGCACACAACCUCGGGGUAUCUACCUGGAAUUGUGGUCCAAAAGACGGAUGAGCAGCAGAAAUUGAAACUCCUGAACACAAAAGCCCAGCAUCAGCAAUUAAGAGUUAUCACGUCGCAACAUCUGGAACGGAAGCUCAUCCCACCUGAUGGUAUCAUCCACAAAGACAUCAACAGCAAUAAAACAACAGCGACGAAUAACAAUGAUGGGCGCAAGGGGCGCAUCUUGGGCAGAACUGGGACGCGGAUACAGCCAAAGGAUACCGAGGAUGGGGCUCUGAAGCGACAUUUGGCCACAGUGAAGUUCUCUUUUGAGGAUGAGACGGUGAAGAAACAGACAGCACCCAGCGAGAAUGGGAAUUACGACGAAUUGCCACUCAUUCAGCUCGAAGAUUUGCAGCCACGUGGAGUGCAAGAAAUUCCCAGGAGUGCCGAAAGUUUCCCCUUCGUCGAUGAAGGGCAACUGUCUGAUGGGAAGAGGACCAACUUCCACGAUGAGAGAUUCAUUACGCUUCAUCCGCAGAAUGUGGGUACUCUGGGGCAGAAGAUCCCACGUCCAGGGGUACCUGUGGAAGAGAAAUUCGACAAGUCCGUUCAGCUGCUGUACCAACAGGAGCAACAGCUCCCGAUCCAUCGAUUUGUACGUGUUGAAAUUCUCCAAGGGACCCUCUGCCAGGUUUGCCACAGUGUCCUCAAGGCAAAAACCUCCAUUCGCUGUGUGAGCUGCCAUCUCACCUGCCACGAAUAUUGCUCCGACAAGCCCAUGACACGAUACUCCGAUACAACCCUCUUGAUUCACGAUGAAUGGAUCCGUGGGCAUGAGAAGGUGGCAUUUCCCACUCUCUACACCUUCCUGUAUCGCCACGAGGGAGAUGCUGAUGAGGCUGGAACGAGUGAUCUGCAUCCAAAUGGGAUGCUACAGCAGCAGCAGGAGGAGAAAUUUAUGAGGAUUCGUGGCCAGAAGGUGGGAUACAAAUACAACAAUCGUGACAUCAGGCGACCAAAUGGUUUGAGUAGAAAGAGGAGGAGCAGAGAAAUUGCCGAGAAGAGAUCCAGCAGGAAGAGUGUUGAAUUGCGAAUUGAGGAGAAUGAUGAUGCGCAAGAUGUGCGACUAGCUAUCGUUGAAGGGUCACCACAAGAUGUGCCGUCAGAACAACCUCAAGAACAUGUUCAAGAAACGCCCGCUGAAUCCCAAGUGGCCGUUCAAGAGGUAGUUCCGGAAAUAUCCACUAAAGAUCCCCGAGAACCACGCGAUGUGCCAAAAGGUGAUGAUGGAAAGGCCACUGAUAAUGGUGGAGAUCAAACAGAUAGUGGGGUGCAAGUUCAAAUAAGUGCUGAUGUCCACUCUGUACCUGCAACGGAUAUAAAUGAAAAUACCUUAACUGAAGAUGCAAAGAAAGCUAUUGCUUUAGAUAGCGUCAGUAGUCUUGAUGAAGAUGGCGUCACAAGCGUGGAUCAAAAUGACGCCACGAACAUAAACCAAGAUGGCGACCCAAGUAUAAAGGAAAAUAGCAUCGCAACGGCGAAUCAAGUCAGCAAAACUGCUCCAGAAAGUCCUCAAACACCUUCAGAAGAUAAGCAAAGUCCACAGACGUUAAGCAAGAAAUCUUCUCAGAAAUCACCCGUACCUGAACCACCCAGUGAACCCGAGGAAGUGCUGGCGAUUAUUGAGCCACACGAUGAGAUGUGUGAGAUUCGUGUAAAAACCAAAGAAACCGAUGGUAGCCCCCAGAGUCUGCGCAAUAUCUCUCGAACGUCCAGUACAAGUAGUCGCAGUGGUGCCCGAAGCCCAAUCCCCGGAACUGUGAUAGGUGUGCCUAUUCGUCGCAAGCAAUACACAUCCAUCUCCGAGACAUCCUUCGAUGAUCCCACGUCGUCAAGCUACGAUGAAUCCGAUGAGCCCGAUUAUGCCAAAGUGGAGCGUUCUGGGAAAAACAACGAGAGCCAGCCAAUUAUUCCAAAGUCACAAUCGUUCCCAACAACGCUUCAACCGAAGAAAUCCCCAGCAGUCAACCAAGCGACAGAGACCCUUCGCCUCUAUUAUGUCACGGAGCGAAUUUUGGCAUCAGUUUUACCACCCAGAACAUCCUCCGUGGAUCAUCAUGUGCGACCACACAGCGGCACCGAGGAGGAUGAGUACGAGAGGGAGUUAAUAACAAUGUUGGAGCAGAAGCACAACAAGAAUUAUCAGAUGUUCGACCUGGAAUCGUGCAUUGCAACGAUAUCCUUGGAGAAACUCUGCGAGCUGUGUAAGCACAUCGACGCCUGGCUAGGUGGGGGACGGGAGAAAGUUGUGGUUCUUCAGGACAGGGGUGAUCGACAGCGACUAGGAGCGGCAAUUGCAGCCUAUUUGGAGUACCAGAAAAUCUGCGGUAGCAACUUCCCGAGUCGCUCCCUGAGUGAGGAUCAGAGAAUUGCACGCGAAUGGCUGCGGCUGGACAUUUCAUCCAUGCAGAAAUUCAUGGAGGAUGUUGUGGGGCCACAGAGGGUACCAUCGCACCGACGCUACCUCCAGUACUUCUCGGGGCUCCUUUCGGGGAGUAUCCGGAUGAAUUCGUCGCCACUGUACCUCAAGUACGUGUCCCUUGAGUCACCCCCGUCGUGGCUGCACUACAGCAGUUUUGCAUCCCAAAAUGCCGAAUGGCGGUGCUUCCUUAAAGUCUACGAAGGCUUCCACUGUGUCUUCACGUCGGACAUCCAUGUGAUUCCCUUUGCCACGCGGCAGUUCAUCUUCCAAGUUGGACACCUCCGGCUACGGGGUGACAUUGUUCUGCGGUGCUACCAGAUUGUGCCUCAGGAACAUCAGCCCAGCGUGCGGGAAUUGAUGUUCUCCACGCAAUUCCACACGUGCGCCAUCCGUGACAGGGAGAUCAGCUUCCUGAGGCAUGAUCUGGAUUUUGCCUGUGAUGAUCCGCGAUUUCCAGCUGAUCACAAGGUGAUUCUCCACUUCAACAGCGGAUCACCGGCUGAGAAUCGGGGCUUCGUGUUCCAGAGUCCACUAGUUCGUAUUGAGCCAGCCAACACAUUAGCCAAUUCGGAUAGUCUGGAGAAUAUUAAUGAAGCUGCCGCCAAGCAUCUCCAAGGUCCCCUCGAUGGUUCAUUGUAUGCCACAAUACUCAAAAGCCCAAAAUCACCACAACACAGUCCGCCGGAAUUUCCUGCCACACCAGCAAAGCCAAUUCGGGUGAAUUCGCAGCAAAAUCUCAUCUCACCCCCGCCUGAAUUCAGUUCACCCAAGAUCAUUGUCUCCAGUCAUCACAGUGCAUCGACGCAGAAUUUGCGCAACAGUACCCCAGUUCCACGCAAGGAUACCAUCCAGACCAUCCCGAGGGCGUAUAGUCAGCCACCAGUACGGAAACCAGGAACACCUCAACCACCUGAGAGGCACUCCUCGACACACGUGGUGCACAAUUACCCUCCAAAUCAGACGCAGAUCCGCGUAAUUGAGGAGUAUAGGUACAAGACACAGGAUAACGCAACCAACGGCAGCUCCUCAGGACCAAGUAGGAAUCACACAACAGAACACGAUGGACGUGAGUCCGUUCGCAGUCCUUUGACUCUGUCUAUGGACUCUGGCAUCUCCAGCAGUGGACUUAACCGACGCGUUCAAGGAUCCAGUGUGUCACCAUCGAGUUUCCCCAGCCAAGCGAGCCCUCAAGAUCGCCAUCGCGAGCUGGAUGACAUCCUGUCUGAUAUGUUGAUGACUGUUCAAGAUAUCCCGGAUAUUAGUGGAAAUAGUGGUAGUCAGAGAACAGUGCGGAGGACGCAGCAGCAACACCAGCAGCAGGUGCCCUACAGUACGGGUACGGUGAAGAGGAGCGCAUCGGCAAAUCGAACAGAGAUCCGUGGCGAUAGUGUCACCGCGAAGUCCAGUGGUGGCGAUCCGUACGAUACCGCGAGCACGGCUACAACGCUAACGCCUCCGCCGAGCGAAAGUGGCCGAGAGACACCCAUUGUAGGUGCCAGCGACAAACGAAGUGUCGAUCUUGAGACGCGGAGCGACGGUGCGCUCGUCAUGAAUUUGCACAGUCAGUCGUUCGCGUAUCCGCAGCCGCAGCACACAGUUGAACUUAUUUCUGUGACUUCGGACGAGGAUAGUGAGAAUAUACCCUAUCACGCGCGCGAAGAUUCCCGCCCAUUCACGUACGGUAACGUGCAGGGUCCGCAAUCACCACCCGCGUCCGUUAUGCUCAAAAUGCAAUCGGGGCUGUCGAGCCCAUCGUUGGUGCGGAAGCAACUCAAUCAGCAGGGUGGUCACCGCAAAACACCCAUUCGCAAUGAUUUUGAGGAAAUGCUAAGGGAGCGCCGGGAGAAGAUUAGUGGUGAGAAGUACUCCAUUGGGGAUCGCACACCCAAUGGUAGCAAUACCAUACGAUCGUACCACACGACCUCCACGGGACCAGGGGGCUACACCACAACUGAGCACAGGUGGUACAGCAAUGGCUACCAUGAACCCCUCAAGAGAUCCAAUACGAUGGAUGGUGGCUUUGCCAGGAGUACCAGCAGUGAAGGACUAACUGGGCAGUCGUGGCUUCAGUUGCAGCAACAGAAGUUGCGAGCACGCAAUCAGCAGAAGUUGCGCGAUGAGCAGGAUAUCUUUGAGAGGAGAAUUCACACGGAGAUCACUGGAAGACCGUACAGAUCGCGAUCGAGUGCCUCGAAGAGGUAUGAUGGCUACACGAGUGACACGACCUUCACAGAUGAGGUGGACUACCGUCGUCCGUUGCACGUGCAAACACCCACACGCAAUGAUCGCAACUACCACACAAUGACGACGACCACAACAACGGUCAAGGAGCGUCCUUUCGUAGCUGUUAGACGGGCUCACGAUCAAGCCAAGCAGCAGACCAUUUCAUCAUCAAAUACACCAUUGUCUGUCUUGAGUGCGGCACCGCAUGGUCACAUUUCACAAGUCUCACCCCAAGCAUCACAGGUGCGACAAGAGGAGCAAAAGCAACAGAAUGGGCUCUUGUCUCUGGCCAAUGAUGGUACACCCCGUUCUAAUGGACAUGCAAGAUUGGACACGGAAGGAUUGCAAAAUGGUGAGACAAGAUUAUCUGGAUCGACAUCGUCAUCGCCAAUGUCCUCAUCAACAAACCCUAGUAAUUCAUCUGGGGAGACUUCGGACAUUGCCCACAUGACCCUCGAUGAGUUGCUGGAGAAGCUAAAUUGUGACACGAAGGAGAUUAAGAGAUUGCAGGAGCAGCGGAAGAAUCAGCAAGAUCCCAUGGAGAGUCGUUUGAAUGAAGGUGAUUUUAGUGCAACUGUUAAACGGAAACCAGGCAUGAAUACCCACACGCUGACUGACGUGAUUGCCGAUUUGACGGACUUUACGAAUAAUCACGUGAAAAAGAAGCAAAAUCGAAUACCAAACGAUGGACUAAUGAAUGGCCAUGCCCGCCUGAGCAAUGGCUCAGAAUCCCCGGCAAUUAGGAAGAUCAAUAGUGAGUCCGAGAGCUCAUCCGUCUCACCGAGUCUCUCAGAGAGAAGUAAUGGCGUUUCAUGGAGCGAUCAGGUUCGUGAGGAAUCAAUUUCGUCCUACAAUGAUGACUUCUCGCCGAUCGGUGGAUCACCACGACCCGAAACUCCGGCUUUCCCAGUUACACCACGCACCCCGUACUCCUUUGGCAUGAAUGGAAACACGAGCCCGGCUUUGCCUCCCAAGAGUCCGACAUCACAACGACGAUUUGGCAAUCCUGCUUGGUGUCUGAGAAGUCAAAAAUCGUCCGUCUCAACACACGACUGGAGCAAGGACCUCUAUUCUGGCCAUCAAGUUCAUCAUCUUGUGAAUCAAAAUGAUUCAGUAUCGUGCUACACGUCUCGUAGGAAUUCAACAACAUCAAAUGCCAACAGUGAGCCACAGGAAGUUGCUCCACAUCACGUAAAAUUCGUUCGCGAUUCAUCAAAAUACUGGUACAAACCAAACAUCACGCGUGAACAGGCAACAAAUCUCCUUCGGGACGCUCCACCAGGAACAUUCAUUGUGCGAGACUCAAAAUCCUUUGCAAAUGCCUUUGGGCUUGUCCUGAAAGUGGCCUAUCCGCCACCACAUGCCGCAAAGGGUGGCUCAGCCGAUGAACUCGUUCGCCACUUCCUGGUUGAGCCAACAACACGUGGGGUACGCCUCAAGGGAUGCGCCAAUGAGCCAGUCUUCACGUCUCUCUCGGCUCUUGUGUACCAACACUCGAUCACACCACUGGCACUGCCAUGUCGUCUCAUCAUCCCCGACAGGGAUAUUCAGCAAUCGGACUAUCCAACGCCAGCGCAGCAGCAGCUCCUCCUACACGGAGCAGCGUGCAAUGUUCUCUUCCUCUGCAGCGUUGAGACGGAGAGUCUUACGGGACCGGAAGCAGUGCGAAAGGCAGUUACUUUGCUCUUCUCACGACGACCACUUCCGACGCCCACAAAAGUGCACUUCAAGGUGACAAAUCAAGGCUUUACGCUCACCGACAACACACGUCAGCUCUUCUUCAGGAAACACUAUCCGUCAAUGAGUAUCUCACACUGCAGCCUGGAUCCCGAUGAACGUCGCUGGAGCGUUCCGGCAUCAGGGGAUAUCCCCGUUGUUAACAACCGAAUCUUUGCCUUUGUGGCUCGUCGAUCAUCGUCUUCGAUGGACAACGUUUGCCACAUUUUCUGCGAACUGGAACCCACCCAGCCCGCCACGGCGAUCACAUCCUUCGCCAAUCAGGCCAUCUUUGGCGGCGUCCCGACUCAAUCAACCAUCUCACGGGCCAUCUAAUUUGUUUUUUUUUAAUUGCCUUUCUUCACCGCCACAUCGCUUGCAGAAGAUUUUUGCUGUAAAUGAACUAACAAGCCCCAUAUGCCACAAAAACAAAUCAUUUUCCCCGAAACUUUGUAAAUAUUUUGUACCUCCCCAUCCCUCUUAACAGAUCUGACUAGUUAAAAAGAAAAGUAAAAAAAAUCUUAUUUUAACACAGAGAUUAUUAUGCUGGAAUGUCUCUUGAAGGCACUUAAGGGAAGUUAAGUCCUUGGAAGAUUGUGUGGGAUAUGCGGAAUGCUUUUAAGGUAUUCGCUGAAACGAAUUAAAGUGCCAUACCAUUUUCAUUUUUCUUUUUAGUGGAAACAUCUUAGAGGAUUAAAGAAGAAGAAAAACUAACUUUCGAAAAAAAUAAAUUCUUUCUCCGAACUUCUCUCCCGCGUUGUAAAGCUUGAGCUGCAAUUCCAUGGAGAAUUGUCGUACCAAGAUGUCCCCAAAAUUAAAAAUCUUCGCGUAUUGUUUAACUAUGCAGAGCCACCCCCCUCUUUGUUGCUUUUCUUGUGUACAAAUUCGCGUGUAUUUUACUUUUAAUUGUAUCAAUGCGAAAUUAUUGUCUCUUCUUUCGACUAAAUUGUAUAUUUUUUUUAUUAAAAAAUUCUUUUUUUUUAAUGUUUUAUCUACGAACGAAAUGCGCGAGCAUUAAAAAUUAAUUUACGUGAAUAUAUAUUUUUUCAAAAAACGGAAAAUCCUGGAAAAAAUACAAAAAAUUGCAAACUUAACAAGAAAAGAAACGUAAAUUGUAAAUGAGAGAAAAAUAUGUGAUCAAGGACAAUUUGUUCUGAUUGGAGGUUUCUAUUAUUUUUUUUUUUGGGAAUUACUUUAAAAAUUUACUUCUUUCUCUCCGGAAAAAAAGACUCCAUUCAGACACUCUUCUCCCUAUCCACCAUCCAAAGGAGAAGAGCCCAUUGUCCAUGAUCACGAAAGUUUUGUAAUUAAAAAAAAAACAUAAAUGUAACACCCUGUAAACUAAUAAUUUAUAACGAAAAGAAAGCAUUACAAUGCGUUAUAACAAAUUAAUUUAUAAUCAAUUUAUAUAAAAUAGCGUGCCUGAACGAAAAAUCAUCAAACUUAUGCGAAUUAACAUUACUGAACACACACACACAGCUAGUCUUCAGAGAAAUCAUCAACUGAUUUUAAAUGAUUCUAAAUACAAGAUUUAAAAAAAAUCAAGAAACUUAAUAAAAUCAUAAUAAAAUGGAUUUUUUGGCAGCUCCCAAGAAAAAGAUAUUAUAUACAUAGAUGAUGAUAAACAUGUAAUAAUUGUAUUAAUAUUGAAAAAGAAAUAUAUAUGUGAAUUUAAUUUAAACAAA